CUCGAAAGUGGGGAAAUGAGAAACUUGCGAGAGGGCGAGUAAAUCGGUUCGAAGAAAAGGUGGCGCGGUUUCCUUGAAUCAAAUAUGAAGUCUAAACCAGAAUUAACAAGCGAACCUGCUUGGGUUAAACUACAAGAAUGUUUUAACAAGACGGGAUCUCAAGUUAACAUAUAUAACUUGUUUCAAGAAGAUGCCAAUCGUUUUCAGAACUUUAGUCUAGAAAUUUCUACCCCGCAAGAUGGAUCUAUAUUACUCGAUUAUUCUAAGAACCGAAUCACGAAGGAGAUAUUUGGCUUGUUACUUGAUUUGGCCCGUGCAAGGCAAAUUGAAGAGGCAAGAAAUGCAAUGUUUUCAGCUGAAAAAAUAAAUUUUACAGAGAACAGAGCUGUCUUACAUACAGCUUUACGUAAUAGAAGCAAUACUCCAGUUUUACUUGACGGUAAAGAUGUUAUGCCAGAAGUGAAUGCAGUUCUAAAUCACAUGAAACAAUUCACUAAUGAGAUAAUAUCGAAAAAAUGGAAAGGUUUUACAGGCAAGGCGAUUGAAGACGUUGUAAAUAUUGGAAUUGGUGGUUCUGACUUGGGUCCCCUGAUGGUAACAGAGGCUUUAAAGGCCUAUCAUGUUGGGCCACGACUACACUUUGUCAGUAAUAUAGAUGGAACUCAUAUCGCUGAAACGCUUAAAAAAUUAAAUCCGGAAACUACUCUAUUCAUAAUAGCAUCUAAAACGUUUACUACUCAGGAAACAAUCACUAAUGCAACUUCUGCAAAAUUGUGGUUAUUAGAAUCAUUAAAAAAUGAAGCAGCUGUCGCCUUCCAUUUUGUUGCCCUUUCCACUAAUACACAAAAAGUGAAAGAAUUUGGUAUCGAUGAAAAGAAUAUGUUUGGAUUUUGGGACUGGGUUGGUGGACGAUAUUCGUUAUGGUCUGCCAUUGGUUUGUCCAUUUGCUUGUCCAUUGGUUUCGAAAACUUUGAGAAACUUCUCAGUGGAGCACAUUUUAUGGAUCAACAUUUUUGUAAAGCUCCGCUAGAGAAAAAUGCACCUGUUAUUCUUGCGCUUCUUGGUAUAUGGUAUCAUAAUUUUUAUAAAGCUGAGACGCACGCAUUAUUACCAUACGAUCAGUAUUUGCACAGAUUUGCUGCAUAUUUUCAACAAGGUGACAUGGAGAGUAACGGAAAAUUUGUUACUCGAUCUGGCAAGAAAGUUAAUUAUUCUACUGGUCCAAUUGUAUGGGGAGAACCAGGAACAAACGGACAACAUGCAUUUUAUCAGCUUCUUCAUCAGGGUACAAGACUUGUACCUGCAGAUUUUAUAAUUCCCGUACUAUCCCACAAUAAGGUUCAAGGUACAUUACAUCAUGAAAUUUUACUUGCUAAUUUCUUUGCACAAACAGAAGCAUUAAUGAAAGGCAAAAAUCAGGAUGAAGCUAAAAAUGAGCUAGAGAAAUCUGGCUUAAGCGCUGAACAAGUGAAUUCUUUGUUACCUCAUAAAAUAUUUGAAGGUAACAGACCGACUAAUAGUAUCAUGGUAAAAAAAGUUACACCUUUUAUUCUUGGUGCUUUAAUCGCAAUGUACGAACACAAAAUCUUCGUACAAGGUAUUAUUUGGGACAUUAACUCGUAUGAUCAGUGGGGCGUUGAAUUAGGCAAACAGUUGGCAAAAGCUAUUGAACCUGAGCUUCGUAAUACCGAUAAAAUUACAACUCAUGACUCAUCUACAAAUGGUCUUAUUGCAUUUGCAAAAGCAAAUUUGACUAUUUGACAGUGCCGUUGCAAUUGUUAAAUAGUUGUUUGGAUACAGGGGAUACGUUCUAGUUAUAUUUUUUAUUUAAGGCGUUGAUGUAGUUAAAAAAUGAUUUGUUAAGAUUUCGUAGUACGACUUCCUCCAUUAUAAAUACGAAAUGUUAUGGGAAGAUAUUAUAGACUAAUCUAUUACAUAUUGUUUGAAUUCUUUUUUAUAAGUGUUAACGUUAUUACUUGUAGAUAAUUGUGGAUAUGUAUGCAUACAUAAUUUGUUUGAGCUACGUAACUAAAUGAUUUGACUAAUUGAUGUUGACGUAGAAAAAAAAAUUGAACACAUGUUCCACGUUUGGUGCGCUCGCGUACAAUUGUUUUACGUUCUCUAAAUUGAUUGAUAUCGCUUGAUAUAAAAAGAAUGUUACGAAUACAAUGAUUUUUGUAUAUACUUAAUAAAUUGCGUAAAUUUUA